CACCACACAAACACAGCACGAAAAGCACAAGAGAACCUGAUUCUUCUUCUUCUUCUUUCAGAUUAACCAGUCCAAGAAGAAGAGCCCGCCGUGGUUUUCUAGGUAAUAAUCCAACUUUCUAAGUUAGACAUGGAGGCGGUGGAGCCGGCGGUGGUGGUGAGCUGCGUGUGCUGCGGCCUGGAGGAGGAGUGCACCCGCGAGUACAUCGGCGGCGUGAGGGCCUACUUCGGGGGCCGGUGGCUGUGCGGGCUGUGCUCCGAGUCCGUCAAGUACGAGGCCAGCCGCAGCAAGCGCACCGCGGCCAUGGGCGUGGAGGAGGCCGUGCGGGCGCACAUGGCCUUCUGCCGCAUGUUCAGGCGCGGCGGCCACGCGCUCCGUGGCGUCAGCGUCCGGGCACCACCGCGCCUCGGUGCCGUCCGCCUGAGUUGAUGUCUGCUUCUUGCGACGAGGUGAUGCUUCGGACAUACGUCUUCCUCGGCACAAGCUAGCUAGCAUAUGCCUAUAUGCAUGUGAUGUAGUAGUAGUAUAUUUUGUUUUGAAUCUAUUCCGGAAACUACACACAAGUGUUUGAUGGAGUACUAUAUACGAGGUUAAAGCUCAAUUAAUCUUCACAUGAGGAUCUUGAUCUACCCAACGACCGAGCAGCUGUUCUUGGCCCAAAUCCUUUCGAGGUGUAAUCA